AUGUCCAGCACCGGGCAAUGCAUCGCUCUCGCUCACGGGUCGAAGGAGGCUAUUCAGGCUUGCCUCGACAAUCGCCCUCCGACCGCUCUCUACGGCUACAUCCCCUCUAUCUCGCUCGGCGCGAUAUUCAUGGUGGUCUUCGGUAUCAGCGGAUUCACUCAUCUCGCGCAACUCCUGUACUCCCGGCGGUACUGGUGGAUGGGAUUCUUCGUCGCGGGCAACAUUCUCGAGAUCCUGGGAUGGGCAGGACGUCUCGCGGCUCACUACGCUCCGCUGAACUUCUCGCUCUACGUGAUGCAGAUCUGCACCCUGAUCAUCGCGCCUGCGUUCAUGUCCGCAUCGCUGUACUGGGCCGGCGGCAUCGUCGUCUCGCACCUCGACCCGUCCAAGUCCUGGCUUUCCGGCAAAUGGUUCAAAGUCGUCUUCAUGAUCGCCGACCUCAUCAGUCUCCUUAUUCAGACCAUCGGCGGUGGAUUGGCAGGAUCCGCAGCCGGCUCGAAACCGAAACCCAAGCAACUUCGAAUGGGGAGCGAUAUCAUGCUCGCGGGUAUCAUCGUCCAGCUCGCCGUGAUGGUCUUCUACGUCGCGUACAUGGCCAUCUGGGCAUUCCUCGCACGCCACGCCGUCAAGGGCGCAGGAGGCCGCAUGCAGUUCAUGCUGCUCGCUCUCUUCGCCUCGUCGCUCGGCAUCAUCGUUCGCGGCUGCUAUCGAACGCCCGAGCUGCACGAGGGCUUCAAGGGCUGGAUCGCAACGCAGCAAGUCUGGAUGCUCUUUGAUGCCAUCCCAAUUGCUUUCUCUACCUUCGUCCUCAACGUCAUCCACCCUCAUUGGUUCCUCGUCUACCCGCACGAUCUCGACGCAGCCUACUCCUCUGAAAAGCAGACUUCGCCUUUCUCGCCCACUCCGACCGUUAUUCGUCAAGACAGCGACAAGACCGUGGCGCACGACUUGCAGCAUUCGCACACAAAGGAGGAGAAGGGCAUGCAGCAGGUUUGA